AAAAAAAGACGUUACAAGUUACAACACUCGUCGUCAGGACCAAAAGAGAUUUGAUUUGAUUUCUCCGCAAGAGAUCCGACCCGAAUCCGAAAACCCAGAAGAACCGAAUCGAAGAUGGGCAAAGAUGGUUUGAGCGACGACCAAGUCUCAUCAAUGAAAGAAGCGUUCACGCUCUUCGACGCAGACGGCGACGGCAAAAUCGCGCCGUCGGAGCUCGGAAUCUUGAUGCGAUCACUCGGCGGCAAUCCCACAGAAUCACAGCUCAAAUCGAUCACAGCUACCGAGAAUCUAUCCUCUCCGUUCGAUUUCAAUCGAUUCCUCGAUCUAAUGGCGAAACAUCUGAAAACAGAGCCGUUCGAUCGCCAGCUUCGUGAUGCCUUCAAGGUACUCGACAAAGAAGGUACUGGAGUCGUAGCUGUAGCGGAUCUGAGGCAUAUACUUACGAGUAUCGGUGAGAAAUUGCAGCCGAGUGAGUUUGAUGAGUGGAUCAAAGAGGUUGAUGUUGGAUCUGAUGGUAAGAUCCGUUAUGAGGAUUUUAUUGCUAGAAACUUGGUUGCUAAGUGACAGAGAGAGAGAGAGAGAUCUAAAUCUCUAAUUUGAAAUUAUACAUUACUCUCUUCUCUUUGUUUGAUUUGAAAUGUGAUGACGUGAACGGAUCUUAGGGUUUGUUUCUGAAAUGUUGAUUUGUUAAUGUAAUUGGGAGUUUGGUGUUAGAUUAUAUUCCACAGAAUUGAUAAUUCUCUUGUCUUCUUAAUGAGUUUGAUAAUUUAAUUGAGUUGGAUUAA